CACAUGCCGAACGGCGCUGCACUGACACCGACACUGAUCAAGCACAGACGUCAGCUGCCCACGCCCGAACACUCGUCACACCUGCUUCACCCAGCAACCACCAGCGCCAUCCUCACAGGCACAACCUAUCGCAUCGCAUCAGGCGGCGCUCGAGCGCAGCAACCCGGCACACGCUGACUCAGAAUGAGACCCCGGCCAUCGUUAGCAUCCCAGACCCGGUGAUCCGGAACAGACAGACAGAGCCAACAUGGACAACUUUGCCGACGACCUCCUCUUCAACGCCGUCCAGACCGACGAUGAUGCCACCGGGAGCGUCCACACCGAUGCCGAUGCCCAGAACAUAUCCUCGCCAGAGCAGGAGAAGAAGGACAAGACCAAGGGUCGCAGGUGGCGAGGGCUCUCUGCCCUCUCCGCCUCAGCCAACAUGCAAGACAAGAUGCUUGAAAAGCUCCUCUCCUCCAUGAUGCCCACCGACCUGGCCCCGGGCGGCGAGAUCCAGAACACGCCCAUCCCCACCGACUCCUUCAGCAGCUACGAGGCCUCGCGCCCGCCCUUCACCCUGCCCACCAUGUCCACCAACUUCCGCCGCUUCAACGCCCGCAUCGGCGUCGUCUUCAAGUUCCAGUCGCGCGCCAUCAAGCUGCUCUCCUGGCGCCGCCCGAGCCACACCCUCUCCUUCCUCGCCGUCUACACCCUGGUGUGCCUCGACCCCUACCUGCUCACCGUCCUGCCGAUGGCCCUCCUGCUCGUCGGCGUCUUCAUCCCCUCCUUCAUGGCACGCCACCCCCCCGAGGUCAGGGAGCUGGGCUACAGCCCCCACGGCCCGCCCCGCGCCCCCGCGAGGACGGUCAAGCCCGUCAAGGAGCUCAGCCGCGACUUCUUCAAGAACAUGCGCGACCUGCAGAACAGCAUGGAGGACUUCUCGCGCGGCCACGACAAGGUCGUCACCGGCCUGGUCCCAAAGACAAACUUCAGCGACGAGGCCCUCAGCUCCGCGCUGUUCGUCGCCCUCUUCGCCGUCACCCUCUUCAUGACCAUCGCCUCGCACCUGCUCCCCUGGCGCGCCAUCGCCCUCUGCGGCGGCUGGGCCGUCGUCGUCUCCUCCCACCCGGCCGUCGCCAAGGCCCUCCAGGACCAGCAGCGGGCCUACUUCGCGCCCGGCGGCGAGGCCGACAGGCAGGGGGAGCGCGCGCAGACCGCCCUCGAGGCCUUUGUCGCGCGCGACAUCAUCCUCGACAGCGCCCCCGAGACCCGCGAGGUCGAGAUCUUUGAGCUGCAGCACCUCGACGCCGGGGGCUCGGGCGAGUGGGAGCCCUGGGUGUUCUCGCCCAGCCCGUACGACCCGCUCUCGCAGGCCCGCAUCACGGGCGAGAGGCCGCAGGGGACGCGGUUCUUCGAGGACGUGCGGGCGCCCGAGGGGUGGGAGUGGAGCGAGAAGAAGUGGGCGCUGGACCUGUGGUCGCGGGAGUGGGUCGAGGAGCGGAUCAUCACCGGGGUCGAGGUCGAGACGGAGGGGGAGCGGUGGGUCUAUGACAUGUUUGACGAGAGGGCGGGGGCCUCUGGGGUGAGGGAGGAGGAGGAUAGAGGACAAGACGGGGCCGGUGGUGGUGCGGCGGCGAACCUGCUCAGGAGGAAGAACCUCAGCUGGGAGGAGGGCGAGGAGGGCGAGGGCCGCCGGGGGGAGUGGAGGCGGCGGAGGUGGGUUCGGUUGGUUAGGAGGAGGGCUCAGGGUGUGGUUACUUAGGCGGACUGGCCGUGUGGUGAUCUUGCAUGGUUGCUACGUAUUCAUGGCCAUCGACUGCCAUCUGAGGAAUAGGGAAGCGAAUCGAUACAGGUGAUAUCGGUUGUGCAAUACAAUACCCUGAGAAUACCAUACUUGAGACCUGGCGACGAGAAACUGAAUCUUCUCAGAAGGUGGUGACACCGACCCGAAGCCACCCGCAUGCUGUCUCCCGAGUCUGCACGCGUGGAAAUAUAUUUGACAAGCCCGGACUCUUGCGUAUCCAGCUGGUUUCGCUGCUAUUCUGCAUACGUCCGAGGACAUACAUGGCACCUUCAUACGGUUGGUAAACACUCAAGACCCUGCGCUUAAAACAAAUAUACGAUGCCGAUAACUAUAGUUAAAAUAUGAUGGGUGCUUUUGAGGAACAACUUGAAUCUUCUAGAAUAUAGACGGCUAAUUAGUUAAUUGCUCAUCAAACUGUAGGCCGCUCCAUGUUGACAAG